AUGUUGGCUUCCUGCUCACUGCUGCUCGCGGUCCUCGCUGGGUCGGCCCUGGGGCUGCCAUUCCUGAAUGGAGAAAAGCGUGAUAGCAGCUACUAUCCAUACAGCACUACAACUUACAGCACGCCCUACUCGACAUACCCCUCUUACAACCCCGUCUAUACGCCUUCCACAACCUACCCAUCUCUGGUGUAUACGACGACUUCUAUCUACUCUUCCCCAGUCUAUACCAGCACUUCAACAUACUCUUCUCCAAUCUAUUCGUCCACCUCGACAUACUCUUCUCCCGUUUAUACGAGCACUUCAACAUACUCUUCUCCCGUUUACACGAGCUCUUCGACAUAUACCUCUCCUGUGUAUACGUCCACGUCGACCUACUCUUCUCCCGUCUACACGAGCUCUUCGACAUAUACCUCUCCUGUGUAUACGUCCACGUCGACCUACUCUUCUCCCGUCUACACGAGCUCUUCGACAUAUACCUCUCCUGUGUAUACGUCCACGUCGACCUACUCUUCUCCCGUCUACACGAGCUCUUCGACAUAUACCUCUCCUGUGUAUACGUCCACGUCGACCUACUCUUCUCCCGUCUAUACGAGCUCUUCAACAUACUCCUCCCCGGUGUACACAACGACCUCAACCUACUCAUCUCCCGUCUAUACAACCAAAACUUACUCUUCACCCGUCUAUACAACCACAACCCACUCUUUCCCAGUGUACUCUAGCUCUUCCACUUAUUCACUGUACAGCAGCUCCUCGACAUAUUCAACUUACUCUACUACGUAUACCCCUCCGGUCGUCUAUACUACAAAACCUUAUACAAGUCCCGUUGUCUACCCCACAACGACCUACACAACGCCUUACACUUCUCCCUACACUUCUCCCUACACUUCUCCCUACACUUCUUCUGUCUACUCUCCGUACGUCACCCCGCCUGUAUAUACCACCCCGUACUCGACCUGCCCCGCCGCUCCCACCAUUACCAGCACGAUCACCUCUACAGUAACUGUGACAAGCACAGUAACAUAUAGUGUCACAUCCACUGCGACAUACACGGCCACCUCCACGGUGACGGAUACUGUGACAGACACAGUCACCUCAACAACCACCGUGACAGACACCAUCAGCAGUGUGGUGUACUCUUGCUCCACAAGCUACAGCAGCAGCACUACAUAUAGCAGCCCGACCUAUUCAACCUCAAGCUACACCACACCCCCGUACAAUCCCUACACGACCACGUAUAGUUCCGCGGUGUACCCCGUCUACACCCCCUACACAACCACGCCUUACGGUUCGGGCUGGUGA